CUAGGAAUUUCUGGUUGAUGGGUUGUGUUGGAGGAUUGGAAAUGGUGCAUCGGUCUGGAUAUGGGGAGAUCGUUGGGUUCCAUCGACUAAUGGUUUCAUUGUUCAGUCCCCACCGAUGGGUCUACCGGUUGACGGAGUAGCCCGAGAGUUGAUGAACGAAGAAGAAGCAUGGGAUGAGAACCUCCUAGAGAGAUGUUUUUCGACGGAUAUGGUCCAGGCGAUUCGCCAAAUUCCUUUGCGCAACCCAAAUGAAUAAGAUAAGCUUAUAUGGGCUGGCAGUAGGGAUGUGCACUAUAUGGUACGAGAGGGUUAUAAGAUAUGGCUUCAGAAGUUCUAGGAGCAACGUGAGGAUAGGUGUGUGUGUGUGUGAGAGAGAGAGAGAGAGAGAGAGAGAGAGAGAGAGAGAGUCGGGCCUAUGGAAGCUAUUGUGGUCACUCAACGUGCCCGACGCAUGCACGUUCUGUGACCAAAAGGAAACCCAUGCUAUUGCCUUCCACGAGUGCUCAUGGGCUAGUAGGCUAUGGCGUGCCUCAUCGGUGGCACAUUGUUCUGAGAUACGUGGCAUACUUAGCUACAUGGACUGGGUUCAGAAGGUGGUUAAGGUGGUAUCGAUAAGUGAUAUUGAGGACUGGAUCAUGUUGUUGUGGUCGCUAUGGAGAGAAUGUAACGCCCACCUGUUUAAUGGCAAGAAGAUGGAGGAAGCUGACAUUGUCCCACAAGCGAUUACUUACCUUGAAGGAUAUCGGCAAAAUCAGCUCAGAGAGUUUCAGCCGUAGAACACACCUAGGAUUGAGACUUGGACUCGACCAUUACCUGGAAGUGUGAAGGUUAACGUGGAUGCAGGGCUAUACAAGGAUGGUGUAGGGCUGAGUGUGGUUAUACGUGACCAUGAAGAAAGAUUUCUAUUGGCUGCAGCAAAGAGAAUAAAGGUUGUCAAAGAUCCGACGAUGGGUGAAGCGCUGGCCAUUGAGUUUGGACUGCAACUGGUUCGACAACAUCAUUUCGAGUCGCCGAUCAUGGAAUCUGACUGUUUGACGGUGGUGAACCGUACGAGUGGGAUGGUAGAAGUGGAAACAGAAGUGGGGAUUGUAUACAAGAACAUACAUAAGCUGUUGGGGGAAAUUGAAAAUGGCAGGUUGCGACAUGCAUGCAGGAAGGCUAAUGGAGCUGCACAUCUCAUAGCUCAUACGAAGACGCGAAGGAAUACAACAGAAGUUUAGUUUGAUAGACCCGGCUGAACCUGUUAGAUCAGCUUGUAAUUGACAAUGCUAGUUUUGUUUUAAGUGAAUAAAAGCUGAAUACAAGUUUCAAUAAAAAAAUCAAGAAGGCUUCUUACAUUUACCGGUUGAAGAAGCAACAUCAAGAUUAGAUUGUAACCAGUCAAAUUGAACUCUCAGUUAAUUAUUCUCAAUUUGAAGAGAAUUGCUUGAUAGGUGAUAGAAAAUAAACAUGAACAUUGAAUUCUUUUAAUUAUACAUACUGUGUGAGACCUAUAAUAUCAUGAGCAAUUGUACAUAAAUUUUUACCUACAUUUUGAUCGAAAAUGAAUGGAAGAAACUAACAAUAUUAAUAAUAACCUGUUGUAAUUCAAGAAUAUGAUGACACAACCAUGAAAUGAAAAAAAAAUAUAUAUGGAUUUAUCAGUGAAUCCCCUAUACCUGCAUGUAAUUGUAUUUCCUUUAUCAUUGUUAUAAGUGAUUCUUUUAUGAAUUAAGUGAUUAUAUUCAA